AUGUCUGAGGUGGGGGGUGGAGGUGGGCGGCGCCGCCUGCUGGAUGAAGAGUUCACCCUGCAGGUUUACCCCGGCAGCAUAUACCCAGAUGUCAUCUACUGCCCGCUGCCCGCCCGCCGACACACUACGGCUGCUGAUGUCAUUGAUGCUGUUAUUACAGCACUGCGUUUGGAUCGAGCCAAGUGCUAUGUGCUGGCAGAAGUCAAGGAAUUUGGUGGAGAAGAGUGGAUCCUUAACCCAACUGACUGUCCAGUACAGCGAAUGAUGCUAUGGCCCAGACUUGCAUUAGAGGCUCGUGCAUCUGGGGAGGACUAUCGCUUCCUCUUAAGGGAAAAAAAUGUGGAUGGCUCCAUUCACUAUGGCAGUCUUCAGUCUUGGCUAAAAGUGACAGAGGAGCGCAGACGUAUGGUAGAAAGGGGAUUUUUACCCCAGAACAGGGACCAGAAUGUGAGGACCUUUGUGGGUUGCCUGACCUUAACGAAAGGACUUUGCUUGAGACUCUCCGAACACGCUUCCGACAGGAGAAAAUCUAUACUUAUGUUGGAAGUAUCUUGGUGGCAGUUAAUCCAUUCCGAUUCUUACCAAUAUACAACCCCAAGUAUGUGAAGAUGUAUGAUAACAGAAGGCUUGGAGAACGAGAACCUCAUAUAUAUGCAGUAGCAGAUGCUGCUUACCAUGCUAUGCUCAGAAGGCAGUGUAAUCAAUGCAUUGUUAUCUCUGGAGAGACAGGCUCUGGAAAGACUCAAAGCACCAAUUUUCUCAUCCACCAUUUGACAGCUCUUAGCCAGAAAGGAUAUGCCAGCGGAGUGGAACAGAUCAUAUUGGGUGCAGGGCCAGUUUUGGAGGCUUUUGGAAAUGCUAAAACAUCACAGAACAACAAUUCAAGUCGCUUUGGGAAGUUCAUCCAAGUCAACUAUCAUGAGACAGGAACUGUUCGUGGAGCAUACGUGGAGAAGUAUCUUCUGGAGAAAUCCAGGCUUGUUUACCAAGAACAGCAUGAGAGGAAUUACCAUGUGUUCUACUAUUUGUUGGCUGGCGCGAGUGAAGAGGAGAAGGCAGAAUUUCAUCUUAUUCGCCCAGAGAGCUAUCAUUAUUUGAACCAGAGGACACGCAAGCCACAGAGACAGAGCUGGGGAGAGUACAGUUGUGAAGAUGAAACAGACUCCUUAAGUGGGGAGGGCGAAGACCUCAGACAUGAUUUUGAACGACUGCAGUUGGCAAUGGAGAUGGUUGGUUUCCUGUCAGCUACACGUAGACAGAUUGUGUCUCUCCUGUCUGCCAUCCUUCACCUUGGAAACAUCCAGUACAAGAGAAAAACAUACAUACAGAGAUGAAUCAAUUGACAUUUCCAACCCAGAUACUCUACGCAUUGUAUCUGAUCUUCUGAAGGUGCGAGAAGAGAUGUUACUGGAUGCUUUGAUUACCAGGAAAACUGUUACAGUUGGAGAAAAACUCAUCUUGCCUUAUCGUUUGCCAGAGGCUAUUACAGUAAGGGACUCCUUAGCAAAGUCUUUGUACAGCGCCCUGUUUGAUUGGAUCGUCUUUCGUAUCAACCAUGCUCUUCUCAACAUCAAUAGCAAGGCAAUGGAUGAAGCAAGCCAGACUCUUUCCAUCGGGGUCCUGGAUAUCUUUGGAUUCGAGGAUUAUGGAAGCAACAGCUUUGAGCAGUUCUGCAUUAACUUUGCUAAUGAGCGUCUACAACAUUACUUCAAUCAACAUCUCUUUCAGCUAGAACAGGAGCAAUAUCGAUCAGAGGGAAUAAGCUGGAGCAACAUCAAUUACUCAGAUAAUGCAGGCUGCAUCAGUCUGAUCAGCAAGAGGCCCACAGGACUGCUCCAGCUGCUGGAUGAAGAAAGCAACUUCCCACAAGCUACUCAUCAGACUCUGCUUGAAAAGUUCAAACGCCAUAAUGAAGGCAACCAGUACAUUGAGUUUCCAGCAGUUAUGGAGCCAGCUUUUAUUAUUCACCACUAUGCUGGCAAGGUCAAAUAUGGUGUUAAGGAUUUUCGGGAAAAAAACACAGAUCACAUGCGCCCAGACAUUGUGGCCUUAUUGCGUAGCAGCCGUAAUGCCUUUAUUCGAGGAAUUAUUGCAGUCAGUCCAGUAGCAGCUUUUCGAUGGGCAUUGCUAAGAGCAUUUUUCAGAGCACUGUGGGCAUUCAGGCAAAGUGGUAGAAACAACGUGGGCAAGAAGACUGGCUCGGGCCCCCCCUGUACAUCGGGGCCUCCUGGCUCAUCUCACAAAGGCCUUUCUAGCUUUAGCUUUCUGCAGCACCCCGUCCACCAAAGGAGCUUACAGAUCCUGCAGAGGUGUCAGAACGACCAAUACAAUAUUCCCCGCCGGACCCCUCGGACCCCACUUUCUGACCUACAGGGAGUAAACACCAUACAAGAAAGAAGUCCACGUGAGCUGAACUGGACUUCACGUAGGCUGAGCCUGCUGUCAUCCUCUGGUUCCUACCUCGAAGGUGGUGGAAUCUUUAUUAGCUCCCCCAGUUCCAACCUGAGUAACAACAGUGACAGCAAACUACUGGAGAGAGCUCACGGAAUUCUAAUGAGGAACAAGAACACAAAAUCCAAACCAGCGCUUCCUAAGCACUUGUUGGAUGUGAAGUCUCUAAAGCAUCUCUCUAACCUUACACUACAUGAUCGGAUCACCAAGUCCCUGCUGCAUCUGCACAAGAAGAAAAAGCCGCCAAGUAUCAGUGCACAGUUUCAGGCAUCUUUAAACAAGCUGAUGGAAGCUUUGGGUCAAGCAGAGCCCUAUUUUGUGAAAUGCAUUCGCUCCAAUGCAGAAAAGGUGCCUUUGCGUUUCAAUGAUUCAUUGGUGCUCAGGCAGCUUCGUUAUACAGGAAUGUUGGAAACAGUCCGAAUUCGCCAAUCUGGGUACAGCUGCAAGUAUCCCUUCCAGGACUUUGUAAAUCAGUUCUCAGUAUUGUUGCCAAGAAAUGUUACACCUACCCGCCAGUGUAUCCAGGAAUUCUUCUGGAGAAUUGGUCAUAGCCCUGAGCUAUAUCAAGUUGGGAAGACCAUGGUUUUUCUAAAAGAACAGGAACGUCAGUGCCUUCGAGACAAGUUACAUCAGACAGUAUUACAGAGAAUUGUUCUUCUCCAGCGCUGGAUUAGGUCAAGGUUACAGCGCAUGAGAUUCUUGCACCUUAAAGAUGCAGCCAUCAUCAUCCAGAGAUGCUGGAGAUGUUACAAGAUGCGGUGGAAUGCAGAGGAACUGCCAGUCAAGAUCAACUCCUUUUUCCAGGCAGCUUGCAUCAUUCAGUCUUGGUGGAGAGGGCAUAGGGCAAGACAAACCUAUGUACAGAUGAAAGCUUCAUCCAUUACUAUACAGAGAUCCUGGCGAGAUCAUUCUUUCCGUAAACAAAAAGCAGCAAUAUGCAUCCAAGCAUCUUGGAGGUGCUUUGUUCAAAGAAAACUGUACCAACAUAAACGAAAACACAUUAUCACUUUGCAAGCAGCAUGCCGAGGCUUUAUAGCCCGACGCAGGUUACAGUUACUGAAGCAAAAAAUGCCAAACUACUUCCAGCCAGAACUCUCCUUGGGAGAUCAUGAUAAUGGAGGAUCCAAGACUCCGCCUCUAACUCCUGAUACUGACAUUAGCCACUGGGAAGACUCCUCUGAACAGACACAGCCAGAUCUUCCAAGUCCAGCAUCAGUACUCUCUGAAAAAAGUUUAUGUGGUGAGGUGCACAUCAGAGAGAGGCCAAAAUCAUUGGAAAAUUCUAAUCAGAGGAAAGUGGUUCGUGCCAAGAGGGAAAGCCGUCGCAUGAGAGAACUUGAACAGGCCCAGUUCAGCCUUGAAUUAUUGAAAGUGCGAAGUGGUGGUGUCUCUCCUUCAGAGGAAAGGCGCUGGUCUGCCGAAAUAAUUUUAGAUAAACACCCAGACACUCCUGAAAGUGAGGGAUCCCUUGGCAGUUUCGAACAUAUUAGCUGUGAGGAGAAUCAACAACCAUUAGAGGAACAUGUAGCAGAUACAGUAUCUAAUGAUCAACUUCCAAGUUCUCCUUCUCAUAGACUUGCAGAUACUGUCAGUGACACAUCCCAAAACCUUCUCACCAAUGACUUGCCUGCAACUUUAAUGCCUGAUCCAAUGUAUUCUCAGUCAUUUGGAUCUUCUAGCUCCCCAACUAAAGGAACAUCUCGCCCUCCUGUGCAUGACACCCAAAAUACUACCAGUAAUGAUUCUAUGAGCCACUCCAGCAAUGCACUAAGUGCUAGCAUUCCUAACCAAAUAAGCUCUCCCACUAAGAGGGAACCUUUAAUAUCACACUCCAAUGGCCCACAGAGUUUUCCUGCCUUUGGGUCACAUUGCUCUCAGUCUAAUGGCAUUCCUUGCACACUUUCAAAUGAAAACUUAAGGACAAUGAAACAAGAAAAUGUUUCAUCCAAUGGACCUGUGGACUUUAGUUUUCAGACUAUUUUAACCAAUCCUCCAGCCGCCGAGGAACCUGCCUCACCUUUACAAACUCCAUUUGCACCACAGACGGCCUUCUCUGAAAGCCAAAAGGAUCCAGUUUCUCAUCACUCUUCAUCUUCUUCCAGUGCUGUUGAUAUAGCUUGGGGGUCUGUCUCCACCUGGAGACAAAAGUCUCCUAGUGGUGAGCUAUCCGAAAGUGCACCUGCCAAGGCGUCCGUCCCUGUUCCUUACAAGUCACAUGUUCGUGAGCCUCCCCUUUCUAGCAGCCUCCCUACCUUUUAUGUUCCAAACCAGGAAUUGUCUAAAGAUCAGGAGCAAAGUGAUAAUGCGUCGGUUCCAUCUGACUUUGUCCUGCAACGACUUCAGAAGCUCAGUAAAGAAAAGGAAGAGUUACAGAAGCAGCUGCAGCAGGAAAAAGAAAAACUUAUGAUGCAGCAGAUUCGUAAAGAAAACCAAGAGCUAGAAAGACAGCGUAGAUUGAAAGAACAGCAGGGACAUGUCAAAGAACCUGACCAAUCUCUGCAGAUGCCUAAGAAAGACUCUAACAAGCAGUCGGAUAGGCCACAAUCUCUUCUAUUGCAGAGCCUGCAAAGGAAAAGCCACCCUAUCCGAACAGAGAUUAAAGGACUGACUGUUAAAGGGAAUACAGGCUUGCACCAUGACCGUCCAGCUAGCAUGUUCCUUGAACAAAGGGAGCUGCGUGAAGCCCCCAAAGGGGAUGUCUCUGGUGACAAAGGAAAUGCAGGGAAGCGUCCCUGGCUGCACAGCGCUGUGAAUUCCAGCAUCUUUUUCACUCCCAAAGGGAAUGUUAGUAGCGAUUCAGACAACUCCACUGUUCAACCUCACCGAAUUGGACGCAGCGAUCCAGUAAAGAGAUUGGAUGCAACAGAACCAUCUGGAGUCAGUGAGAUGUUACAGAAAGUUCAGGCGGGGGAGAGGCCCAGCAAGCUCCAGAAGGCUGUUUCCCAAGGAGAGAUGUCACGUUUCAUACCUCCACAUAGAGCUGCAGAGCCAGACGUGCGUCCUCAGAGAGGGAAGAUUCGCUUCUGGGGGAAGACGAAAGCAGCAGAGAAGUUGACUCCUCAAUCAGAGAUUCUGGAGAUGGACACUGAGCCUACAGGGAAAGAGGGUACCCAUUUCAUGGAUGUGGAAUCAGGAUUGUGGCUUGUUCCUCGCAGUCCAGAUCUCAGCCGAGGACGUGAAAAAGAAAACAAAGACCCCUCUCCAAAGGUACAACGCAGGAAGAGUCUGAAGAUCAGUAGUACUACUCUGGAACCUGCACAGUGGCAGAAUGAACGAGCACAAAUCAUUUGCAGUGCCAGUGACUUGAAGUGUAUGGAUGAAUUUCUGCAAAAAAAGAUUAACGAUCUGGAUUCUGAAGAUGGAAAGAAGGAUUCUUUUGUGGACGUUCUCUUCAAAAGAGCUCUGAAGGAAUUCCGACAGAAUAUUUUCAGCCUGUAUUCAACCACACUCAUGGGAGAAGAUGGAAAGAGUAUCCGAUACAGGGAUCUAGGGGCCCUGUUUGAGCAGAUCCUCGAUAAAACCAUGAAACAGCAUCAGCCACGGAGCUGGAGUGAAUCACCAGUGAAAGUUUGGAUCAAUACAUUCAAGGUUUUCCUGGAUGAAUUUGUCACCGAAUAUAAACCACUGAAUUAUACUCCAGGAAAGGUUCAAAAGACAGAACGGAAAAAAAAGAAGGAAAAAAGAAUCCGAUAUUUUAGAGGAGCACAAUGGCCAUAUAUUUAAAGCCACUCAGUACAACAUUCCCACAUACUGCGAGUACUGCUCUUCACUUAUCUGGAUCAUGGACCGAGCAGCUGUUUGUAAAUUGUGUAGAUUUGCCUGCCACAAGAAGUGCUGCUCACAGAUCACUACUACAUGCAGUAAAAAGUAUGACAAUGAACUGUCCCCCCGCCACUUUGGGAUAGAAUUGUCACGUCUUACCAAUGAGGACCGCUUGGUUCCUGUGCUGCUGGAGAAACUCAUCAACUACAUUGAGAUGCAUGGCUUGUAUACACAGAAGGAAUAUACAGAAAACCAGGAUCCACCAACAAGAUUCGGGAACUUAGACAGAACCUGGACACAGAUAUUGAUAGUGUUAAUCUUGAUGAUUAUAACAUCCAUGUGAUUGCCAGCGUGUUCAAGCAGUGGUUAAGGGAACUUCCGAAUCCGUUGAUGACAUUUGAACUGUAUGAAGAGUUUCUCAGAUCUAUGGGUCUUGGGGAAAGAAAAGAAAGUGUAAGGGGAGUCUAUUCUGUUAUCGAUCAGUUAUCUCGAACGCACCUUAGCACUUUGGAAAGACUUAUCUUUCACCUUGUCAGGAUUGCCCAGCAGGAGGAGACUAAUCGUAUGUCUGCCAAUGCAUUGGCAAUUGUGUUUGCCCCUUGUAUUCUCCGUUGUCCGGAUACCACAGACCCCUUGCAAAGUGUUCAGGACAUUGGCAAGACCACAGCAUGUGUAGAGCUGAUUGUGGUGGAGCAGAUGAAUAAGUACAAGGCUCGACUGAAGGACAUAAAUAGCCUGGAAUUUGCAGAGAACAAAGCCAAGAGUCGUCUUUCCCUUAUCCGCAGGUCCAUGAAACCCGUACUAAUUGCAGUUAGAUUUAUGAGCAUAAACCGCAGCACCUUGCCGGGCAAAGGACGCUUGCGUUCAUGCCUGAGCCCUGUGAUAACUGGGCGCUCCCCUAUACCAGAUGCUGCUGGUGAUCAUGGCCUGUCAACCAUUCCCUCUGAGGAUGAGACCUCUGAACAAAAGGAAGCAGCUAUGCAACAAGAGGAAAGAGUUCUGGCUCAGCAGAUUGAGACCCUGCAGAAAGAGAAAGAGGAGUUGGCUUAUGAAAUGUUGGCAUUAGAGCCUCGAGCCUCAGAUGAUGAGACCUUGGAGUCUGAAGCAUCACUUGGCACAGCAGACAGCUCUGAGAACUUGAACUGUGAAUCUGAGGGUGCGGCAUCCAGUCGGACAGAAAGAUCCUUGGUAUUAAGCUCCAUGAGAGGACCAAGAACUGAGCCAACGCGAGCCCGGAGACCGAACAAAAGAGAAAGUGACAAUACUGAAAGUGGGGACCAGAACCUUUCUUCUCCAACUGCCUCUUCCUGCUUACCCCACUUAGGCAGAAAGAGGUUUCACUUACACACAAAAUCUCCCUUUUAUCGGGAACCUGCUCCUGCCGACGUUUUGGACUCUGCAGCCCCGCUACACUUUACAAGUCGGGGAACUUUUAACCCUGAGAAAGGACGUCAGAAACUAAAGAAUGUUAAACAAUCUCCGCAGAAAUCAAGAGAUACUCCAGAGAGUGGGGAACAAAGGAUUCUGGGAUCAGAUGGCAGCUCACAGUCCCUUGUCUUGUUUGGGAGCAAUGAGUUUAUGGUUUGA